CAGGUUCAGUGGCACCAAAGCCCGUAAUCAGCUUCCUCCUUGGGUGAGGCCAUAUGUUAACAUUUAUGAUAACUUCGGUACCAUGGUCCGUGAUGUGGUUCAUUUCUUUCGGACGGCGCAGAAAACAAGACCAGUUCCUGUUAGGAAAGAAAAAGCAGAGAGCAGUGAGAAGCAGGCAGACACCAGGCCGUUCAACAGAGGCUCCGGCUGUCCUCAUAAGAGUGUCUGGCUCACUGACACAUCUCGAAAGGCCAAACAAGUAGACUCCCACGUCCCCAGCCUAAAAAGGAAAUUAGAGUCAGAAGAGCAGUCUGGAAGUGAUAGGGAUGCCCAAAUGUUCAUUCAAUAUGAGAUGGACAUUGACAGAAAACCAGUCAGCCUGCUGGACGUCCCUGAUGACACAACCAACAAAGUGAGGGAAGACACCAUGGUUGGGGAAGAAAGGGCGAGUCACUUCUCUUCUCAUUCCCUCCAGCAUGACAAACGUCUGGAUCGUGAAUCGAGAGUUGGAAAACGGAAAAUUAAAGUGGUUCAACACAGAAAACAACGAAUUCAUGUACUGAAAAAACAGGCAAUGCUUUCAUUGUGGAGCUGAGAUGAUGCCUGAGUCAUGAGAACUUUAAGAUCAUCAUGGAGGCGUUACAGUGGUACAAGACAACCGAUGACCUGAGUAACUUUCUAGUUAAUGUGGUUGAACCGCUCGUUCGAGACACAUACGGAUUGCUCAGAGAGAGAGAGAAAACACGGCAAGGCCGCUUAUGGAGAUCAUGGACCUCAAAGGGCCUUUGGGCUGUUCACAGGAGCCAACCCGCAGAACUAUUGGAAACACAUCCCAGAUGGUUCGGGCACAGCCUGCUCUCCGCUGGUCAGCAGAAUGCGGUUUGCUCCAGAGCAGCAGGAUCCUCUGGCUGCCGCGCCCAGUGCUGAUGAGCUCAUUCGGGGCCUGCUGUCUCUGAGCUUCCCUUCCUGGAACCAGCAGCCCUGGAGCCACCCAGAGUUCCAGUGGUCGACCCAGCCCUGCUCCCAAAUGCCCCCGUUGGAUGUCUUGGGUGCCUCAAAAGGCAGUGAUUCGGGUCCGAAGCACACCUUCCAGGCCCUUGAGUCUGCAUCAAGAAAACCACUGGAGCACUUCUCCAGCCUGAAGGUGGCGCUCGAACCUCACUCUCUGCUACACUCGGGAUCCAGCAGCCCCAUCAAUUCAGAGAACUGCAUGAUCUCGUCUGGAUCUGACCACCUGGGUUCUCUCAGAGUUUCUCCUCCAUUGCCCCUGAUGCUGCCUGGACUGCAGGUGGAGGGUGUGAAACUGGACACAGAUGCCUGCUUAAAGCAGAACCCCCUGAACACCUUCACAAACGCUUCCAGUGCUCAGGUCGAGGGGCCACCUCAGGCCGAGGGGCCAGUGGUUGGGUGCUGGUCCACAGAUCCUAUCUGGCCCGGCUGGGACACUUUGGCCUUGAACAAACCCAAGUUCUGCAUCGAGAGAGAGGCACAACUGCAUAAACAAGCUGCAGCUGUAAAUGAACCCACUUACACCUGGGAAGGAAGCCUUCCUCUACGCCACUACAAAAACCCUGUUUACUCCUGUAAAGUGUUUCUGGGAGGAGUGCCAUGGGACAUCACAGAGGCUAGCCUGUUGAACACAUUUAGUGUUUUUGGUCCAUUGAAAGUGGAUUGGCCUGGUAAAGAUGGAAAUCAUCCACGUUUUGCGCCACAAGGUUAUAUGUAUCUGCUGUUUGACUGGGAGGAGUCAGUGAAGUCGCUCCUGCAGGCCUGUGCUCAGUCUGACGAUAAUCUUGAGUUCUACUACAAACUUUCCAGCAGGCGGAUCCACAGCAAAGAUGUGCAGGUCAUCCCGUGGGUUAUCUCAGACAGCAGUUUCAUCCACCUCCCCAUCCAGCAUCGGUCCCGCAGUAAGACAGUGUUUGUGGGUGCUCUGCAUGGGACGUUGAAUGCAGAGAGUCUGGCCCACAUCAUGGAAGAGCUCUUCGGAGAGGUCAUGUAUGCAGGCAUCGACAUAGACAAGCACAAAUAUCCCAUAGGGUCUGGCAGAGUGACGUUCAGAAGACAGAGGAGCUAUUUGAAAGCUGUGACUGCAGCGUUUGUGCAGAUAAAAACCUUCAAGUUUACCAAGAAGGUCCAGAUUGACCCGUAUCUGAGUGACUCCAUGUGCCAAAUAUGUAACAGUCAGCCCGGCCCGUUCUUCUGUAGAGCUCAGGCAUGUUUUAAAUACUACUGUCAAUCGUGCUGGUAUUGGCAGCAUUCUCUGGACGUGUUGAGCAGCCAUCAGCCUCUCAUGCGCAACCAGAAGGGCCUGAACCCAAAUAAACCCACCGCUGCCGGCGUGGGGAAGAGUCUGGACUGAGUUUACCGUGAGACAAGAGAAACUCACUUGAGGAAGUUGUUUUAUUGCGCUGCUAUUGUUCAUUAAGCUUCUAUACACUCUAAAGGGUUCGUUGAUGGUGACCCGUUUGCAGUUAACCAGACAGCCAUGAUCAUGGAGAUCUGAUUUUAAGAGUUGUGUUUUAGAUUUUGCAUGCACAGGUGUGGUUAUUUACAAAUAUUCAGAUUGGACAAAAUAAAGUGGUUGAAGCACUGAAA